AUGAGAUACGAGUCUUUCUUACGGCCAGCCCCUCCUGGAGGUGGAGUCGACAUUGAAGCAAUGAUAUACAAAAAUCUGAAAAUUGCACAAAUCAUCAUCAUCAUCAUCAUCAUCAUCAUCAUCAUCAUCAUCAUCAUCAUCAUCAUCCAAGUACUCAUUCUCUCCACCAAUACAUCUCGCGACCAGAUCCAAGGAGCCAAGUAUGCUUCAACACCAGGCAGAAGAGUCCGAGAUGAGGAUGCAGUCGUGAAGACGUUUCGGUCAGAAGUGUCGAAAAGCAUCAUUGCUCACCUAGCGCAUCUUCAGGAGCAAAAGGAGGAUGUACCACAACAUCAAGGAAGACACUCAUCGCUCUUCAAGCAAGGAACAUAA